AUGCGUGUUGCUAUCGCCGGCUCUGGGGCCGUUACAAGCUACUUCGCGGAAGAACUACCAGCCGCAGGCAUCGACGUCGUCAUCCUGACCAGGUCCAUCAAGCCCCAGUUCGAGAACUUCCCCGGGGUUCAGCAGUUCGUCACAGACUACUCCGUCCCGUCCCUGCUCGAGGGCAUCGAGGGCAGCAGCGCCCUCAUCUCGGCCAUCCUGGACUACACGCCCGCCUUCAUCGACGUGCACCGGCGGCUCAUCGAGGCCGCCAGGAAGAGCACAACCUGCAGGCGCUUCAUCCCCGCCGAGUAUGGCGGUAACCUCGAGGACUUCCCCGACCAGCCGGGCUUCUACUCGCGCCUGCAGGGCGUCGUCCGCGCGGAGCUCGCCGCGCAGGGCGGGCUGGAGUGGACGCUGCUGUCCACGGGGUGGUUCGUGGACUACGUCGUGCCCGGCCGCAACCGCAGGCUGCAGGACGCCGGGGACGCGAUCCCGGUCAACCUCGCCGGCAACAGCAUGGUGAUCCCGGGCUCUGGAAAGGAGCCGCUUGACCUGACUGCCGUGAGGGACAUCGCCCGCGCGAUUGCUAGGCUGCUCCGAGCACCACGGUGGGAGAGGUACACGUACAUCUCCGGGGAGAAGUCCACUUGGAACGACAUUGCGGCGUUGGUGCAGCAGAAGUACCCUGACAUAAAGAUCAAGCACCGCAGCCUUAACCAGCUGAUUGAGGAUGUUGUUGCCAACCCCGAGGGCGAGGAGCGUAUCAUCGCGGAGUACCGGAUCUUCUCUGCGAGCCACGCUGGAUCUCUGCCGGCUGACAAGGUCGCCGCACAUCGGGAGAAGUACUUCUCUGGGUUACAGUUUCGGACGGCGAAGGACUUGAUGGCGGAAGUCGAGCGGGAUCCUAAUGUUAUUGUAUAG